AUGGGUACAUACAGAAAAAGAUUCAAUGAAAAGGCUAGAGCAGGACACAUGUCAAAGCUUAAAGAGUUAAAGCGUAUUAGAAAUAAACAAUUUACAAGAGAGUCAAACGAUGAUGAAGAUGAACAAAAUGAUUUGGAAGAUGAAAGUGAGGAAGCUGUUGACACUAAUGCAUCCAUUAUUGAACCCAUGAGUAAGCAAGAACGUGAACAAAAAAAGAGAAAAUUGCAUGAAGAGUUAUUUAGUGACAAAAAAGACUCCAAGAUAUCAAGACAAAAAAAAAAAAGAAUGGAGAAAUUUAUCGAGCAUCAGUUGAAACGUGAGGAAAAGAAAACUAUUCUUAAUAAAUUGCAGGAUUAUAAGAUAGAUACGUCGAUGUUAACAAGUUCCAAAACUUUAGGUAACGGAAAACAAACCAAGAAGGAAAAGUUUUCGGAAGCUUUAUCUAUAGAACAAAGAGGGUUACCAUUGAAUGAAGAACUUAAAGACAUCUUAUAUGAAACUCGUGAAGUUAAAAAUUGGAAAGAUGAUUUUGGAGACGAUACGCAAGUAACAACACCAAGUAUCACGACCUCAUCCUUUAUUGAUAAUAGGCCAAUUAGACAUGGUGGAAUUGGUUCUGCUUUUGCAUUUCCUAAUAUUAAGGUUGUUGAUAAAAAAGCAAGUGUUCCUAAAAAGAAAUAUAAUUGGAGACAACGAAUAGAAAUGGAAGAGCGCAAGAGACAUCAAAAAGAAGAUGAUUUAGAUUUUGCAAGCUCUAGUGAAGAAAAUGGGAUCAGUAGUGGAAGUGAAGAUGUAGAAAAUGGCAAGGAGGAACUUUCAGGCAAUGAAGAAGAAGAUGAAGAAGAAGAAGAAGAAGAAGAAGAAGAAGAAGAAGAAGAAGAUGAUGAUGAAGAUGAAGAUGGAGAAGAAUAUGAUGAUGAUGAUGAAACUUAUGGAUCAUCAAAGGAAGAAGACAAAACCAUUACCUUUGAUGAGAGAAAAAAGGCUGCAGCCGAUUUUAAAAGUUGGGCUACUAUGCAGAUUAAAGAAAUGGAAGGACGUGAUGUUGAAUAUAAAAUACCAACAGAUAUUAAAGUAGAAAGAUUUGUUAGAGAGGAAGAUUUGGACGAUGGCUUAACCACUGAACACAUUCAAAUUGAUGAAAACUUGACAAGAAAAGCUUACUAUGUAUCUAUUGAAAGAGAUCCAGAAAUACAGGCUAUUAGGACAAAAUUGCCUGUUUUUGCAGAAGAACAUAGAAUAAUGGAAGCCAUCCACCACAAUGACGUUGUAAUUCUAUGUGGGGAGACUGGUUCUGGUAAAACUACUCAAGUUCCACAAUUUUUAUUUGAAUCCGGAUAUGGCACUUCACCUGAUUGUCCUGGUAUGAUUGGUAUUACACAACCUAGACGUGUUGCUGCCGUAUCCAUGGCCCAAAGAGUUUCGAGUGAAAUGGGCAAUUAUUCUGAUAUUGUUGCACAUCAAAUUAGAUUUGAUACUACUGUUGAUGAAGCAACUAAAAUCAAGUUUAUGACUGAUGGUGUUUUGUUGCGCGAAAUGAUGACUGAUUUUAAAUUAACUAAAUAUAGUUGUGUUAUCAUUGAUGAAGCACAUGAAAGAAACAUCAACACGGAUAUAUUGAUUGGGAUGUUAAGUAGGUGUGUAAAAUUAAGAAGUAAGGAAUAUGAUGCAGAUCCAGUAAACUGCAAGAAGUUGAAGUUAAUCAUUAUGUCAGCCACAUUAAGAGUUACUGAUUUUUCUGAAAACCCAGUUUUGUUUCCAAUGCCACCUCCUGUACUAAAAGUGGAAGCAAGACAGUACCCUGUUUCCAUUCAUUUCAACCGUAGGACGCCGUAUAAUUAUACUGAGGAAGCAUUUAAGAAGACUUGCAAGAUCCACAGUAAGUUACCCCCUGGUGCUAUUUUAAUGUUUUUAACUGGUCAGCAGGAGAUCACUGAUAUGGUUAAAAGAUUAAGAAAAGAGUUUCCUUUCCCAGUUAAUUCCAAACAGAAAUUGGCUUAUAAAAAACAUCCACCAGUUAAAAUCAAUUCCGAAACUGCGGCUAUGGAAGUUGAAGAUAUAGAUUUUAGCGUUAAAGUUGAUAGGGAGGAGACCGAAAGUGAUGGUGAUAAUUACAUUUAUGAUGACUGUAUUGAAAAGACGAAUGAAGAUGACGGAGGCUCUAAGACCAAAGAAGAAAAAGAAGAAGAGAAAGAGGAAGGCUUUGAUGAAACAUUGGAAGAGGGGCAGACACCGAAUGAUCCGUUGUAUGUAUUGCCCUUGUACUCUUUACUUCCAACAAGGGAACAGAUGAGAGUUUUCCAAGACCCUCCAAAGGGUUCUCGUUUAUGUGUUAUUGCCACUAAUGUGGCAGAAACUUCAUUGACUAUCCCUAAUGUUAGAUACGUUGUUGAUUGUGGAAGAAGCAAGGAACGUAAAUAUAAUGAAGAAACCGGUGUACAAAGUUUUGAAAUCGGCUGGGUUAGUAAAGCUUCUGCCGCUCAAAGAAGCGGUAGAGCUGGUCGUACUGGGCCUGGCCAUUGUUACCGGUUAUAUUCUUCAGCUGUAUUUGAUCGUGAUUUUGAGCAAUUUUCUAAACCUGAAAUAUUACGUAUGCCAGUGGAAAGUGUUGUUUUAACAAUGAAAAGUAUGGCUAUCCACCAUAUUGCCAAUUUUCCGUUUCCAACUCCUCCUGGAAGAGGUGCUCUGCAACAAGCUGUUGAGUUGUUGAAAUACUUGGGUGCCUUAGAUUCAAAUGCUAAUAUUAGUCCUGAUGGUAAAAAAAUGAGCCUGUUCCCAUUGAGUCCCAGAUUUUCAAAAAUGUUAUUGGUGGGUAAUGAGCACGGGUGUUUGCCCUAUGUAGUUGCAAUAGUCAGUGCUCUAUCUGUUGGAAAUCCAUUUAUCGGUGAAAAUGAAUUGGGUAUAUCAAACAUGGAAAAAACGGGUGAUAGUGGCAUUGUAGAUAUAUCAGAAGAAAAAAGGAAGCUACGUACAGCGUAUUACAGAAGCAAAAACAAGUUUAGUAAACUUGAUAAACAUAGUGACGUUUUUAGAUUGUUAAGUUGUGUUUCUGCAUUAGAUUUUGUUCCAAAUAAUGAAAGGAGUGAAUUUUUCGCUAAAAAUUUCCUAAGACCCAAGUUGAUGUUGGAAAUUUCUAAAUUGAGGAAACAAGUUUUAUAUAUUAUUAAAUCGCAUACCUCUAAAGAGAACAUAGCUGUUUCUGUUAGAGCUGAGGAUUUAAAAGUCGGUGUUCCAGCGGAAAUUCAGGUGAAAUUAUUAAAACAAAUGGUAUGUGCAGGGUUUAUAGAUCAAGUUGCAAUUCGUGCAGAUUACUUGCUUCCGGAAGAUGCAAAGAUUACUAAUAGAACAUCGAUUAUAAAUAUUCCGUAUGUUCCCGUAAUGGCAAAGAAACAAUCUAGUGGUGAUAUCUCUGAACUUUUUGUUUAUAUACAUCCAGAAUCUAUGUUGUGCAAGUUGGGUGGUGAAAAACCUCCAAAAUAUAUAGUUUAUCAAUCUUUGCAACAAAAUAUGAAUUCAGGCAAAAUUAGAAUGAAGCCUUUAUGUGAUAUUAAGAGCACUCCAUUGACUAAUAUCGCCAGAAAGGGUACUUUAUUGACAUACAGUAAGCCAAUUACGGGCCAAGGUUUUAAACCAAUUAGCUUAUCUCUAACUUGUAGAUGCUGUUAUGUUGUUCCACGGUUUGGUGCCAGUGUUGACAGUGAUUUGAAAGUUGGUUGGGACUUGAAUCCAGUUUUUGUAUUACAAAAAAAGGAAAAGGGACAAUGGAAAGUGGAGAAGUUGCUUACUAGUAAACAGUACAAUGAUUUGAAUGGGUCCAAAAAGAACUAA